AUGUCCACUUACCUUGAUAUGUGCCCACUGUGUAACUGCCAGCAGCACUGCCUCUAUUCCUGCUUCCUGCUCCUUGCUCCGCCCCUUAGCCUGCAGUCCCGCCCACAAUUCCUCUUAAAGGCACAGCUCAUUGCUUCAAACCAGCAUUUUCCUCUCACACCUGUACCUGAGUCUAUACUUGAGCCUGUACCUGAGUCUGUACUUGAGUCUGUACCUGAGCCUGUACCUGAGUCUGUACUUGAGCCUGUACCUGAGUCUGUACUUGAGUCUGUACCUGAGCCUGUACCUGAGUCUGUACUUGAGCCUGUACCUGAGUCUGUACCUGAGUCUGUACCUGAGUCUGUACCUGAGUCUGUACUUGAGCCUGUACCUGAGUCUGUACCUGAGUCUGUACCUGAGUCUGUACCUGAGCCUGUACUUGAGCCUGUACCUGAGUCUGUACCUGAGCCUGUACCUGAGCCUGUACCUGAGCCUGAGUCUGUACUUGAGCCUGUACCUGAGUCUGUACCUGAGUCUGUACCUGAGCCUGUACCUGAGUCUAGCCCCUAA